AUGUUUCCUUUAUUCUCCCAGGCAAAAUGUCAGGUGGAGCUGAGCAUGAUGGAUGACGCUCUUGAUGACCAAUAUCUAGGAUGUGCUGAAAAAAUGGAUGAAAUUGCAACUGAACUGCUAGAGAACGAAACGGCCACGUCCUCGCUGUUUAGGACAGUGUGGGAAAAGUCAAAACUAAAAUGGGAUCUUGUAAAGAGAGAGAUUUCUCUGCCCCCAGACUUUAAGGAUGAGUUUGGAAGAGCCUUAGUAGCCUAUACAGACAACACCACUGAAAACAGCAUCAUAACUUUUUCAACCAUAUUUAAUGAUGCAGUGAGUGGGACUAAGAGAUCUCGAGCAGAUUACAUGGCCCAUUUCCAGUUCAAAGCCUUUCAUUAUUAUUUGACAAGAGCUUUGCAGCUCUUACGAGGGAGGUGUGAUGUGACGUAUAACAUGACGCUGUACCGGGGCACUAAGUCUCAGUACAACGGAUCAGGUCUCAUCAGGUUUGGAUACUUUGCCUCUUCAUCUGUUAAUAAACAAGAGGCUGAGACAUUUGGCACGGACACGCUCUUCACCAUCCACACGUGCUUUGGAGUGAAGAUCUGGACCAUCUCAUACAGUCCUUCCCAAGAAGAAGUGUUAAUCCCAGUCCAUGAGAUAUUCAGUGUGUCCCUAGGAAAAGAGAACAACAACUUUGUCCUCCGGAGCACAAACCGGACCUGCAGCCAUUUUAACUGUGCAUACCUGGGUGGAAAGAGGACCGAAACAUGUGUUUACAAUUCUGCUACCAGAAGAGGCCUGGCCUUCCGCAGUGAGCUGAGCCCUUCACUGUUUGGAGGAUCCGUCAUCCUGGUCCACGUUGCUGCUCUGAAGCUGUUUGCUGGUUUCUAAAUUGUCCUAUUUGUGUCACUCACUUCUUUCCCUCUAGCACAAAUCAUGGUGAUGGGACUUGCCAGAUCCAAAGCCAUCCUGCUAUUCUGCCCGCAUUCCAAAGGGAAACCAGGAACAUGGAGGGAGUGUCACUGGUACCUGCUUGGGCAAGAUUUGAUUAUACAUUACCGAUGAGUAGAUCAAAAUGAAAGCUCAGUUCUAUUCCAGGUGGGAUUUGUUUUACAAUGGUAGAGCUAUAAAGUGGUACCUGUUAUAUAAAUAAUUACUUGUAUUCCUGUCAUGCUAGCACUUUGU